ACGACUAUCGCAGUACACUUCGGACUGAUUAACGUCUACAGAGUAGGGAUUCUACCUGCUCAUUAGGCACCGGAAAAUAGUAGCAGUAUCCGACAGACGGGCAGUACCUUAGAUCACCUCGAAACGUUUUCUAGUUUAGUGGGGAAUUGAACAACAUGUUUCGAGUUUUGGCAAUUCUGAUGGUAUCUGUGUUGGUUUUCGGGUCAGUUCUCGGAGACAUAUCGCAGGACCCCUUGAAGAUUAACAACUUGGAAGAUAUGCAAUCUGACCUGGAAAAGAAACUACAAGAAAACGGAAUCGAUAUUCCUUUAAACGGAACUAAAAUCGACACAGAAAAAAUCGAAAAUGCCCUUAAAGAAAAAUGCAAGAACGAAAAUGCUGAAGAUGCCGUUGACGAACUAAAGGAACAGCAAAACGUCGUAAAAGACUGUGUCACCCAAUACAUAAACGGGACCCAAAUAAACGAGGAACUGGAAGAAGCGAAAAAAACCGGUUCAAUGGACGAAGUGUUUACAAAAUAUUGUAAAAAAUGGCCCGAUGUCUACAGUUGUUUUAAUAACGUCACCACGACUGUCAAAAAAUGCCUCAAUGAAAAGGAGGAAACUGUUCUGGACAAAUCUUUAAAGAUCGUACAGGAUUUUCAGGAGUUUAUGUGUUUCAAGGAGGGCGAUAGAUUGGCAAUGUUUGUGGCCCAAGGUGGAAUUGAAUGCCUUGACCAACAGCAGGAAGGUAUGAAAGAAUGUUUCAAUGCCACAAUCGGAGGCAGGUUACCUGAUCAGGAUACCCUUAGUGUUGCUACGUUGCCAACAUUCUUAUUUGAGGAAAAAGACUGCGAGGACUUCGAAAAGAUUCGCCUAUGCGUCAAUGGAGUUUUGGAAAAAUGCUCAGACACCACCCCAGCGAAUCUGGUGGAUGCCUCUUUCAAAUUCAUAAGGAAACAAAUGGAGUGUGCUGUACCUACAGUAGAUGCCAAAGCUACAGCUGUAGGAGCAAGUACGAGCUCUGCUGCCACCUUUAGGUCUGUACUGGCUGUUACGUUUAGUGUGCUAUUGUUAGGAAGAGUUUAUUAGGUUUAGUGCAAAGAAAAGUGUUUGUUUUUGAUUUCUGUCGGUAUUUGUUUAUUUAUUUUUGUGAUUAUCAAUAGGUAGUCUAAUUACUCAAAAUCAAUGCAUUUAGCAGCUAAGCAGUGAAAGUAAUAAAAUACAAUAUGUAUAUAUGAUAAUUAGUUGUGUAGGAAGUUGAUUCUUUUUAAAGGGUUUUGGGUACAAACCUUUUUAUACCCUUAAUUUUUUCAAGAAAAUUUGAUAAAACAUAUUCAAUAUGAAUUCCAUCUGAAAAUAUUAGUUAACAUAUUUAAAUAAUACGUAAUGUAAGUUUUAUAAGAAUCUGUAACAUAUUUGGUUAAUAAUAAACAUUAUUGUGAUAAUUAA